UCUACGGCCGGGGAAGUCGCGAUUCGUUUCUUUAUCUACGUCGCUAGUUUCGCCUGCCUCCUCAUGCCCUUCCCGCACCUCAGCUCUGUCGGCUGUCCUACCGCCGCUUCUCCGCUGCCGUCCCCACGAUCGAUCUCGCGCCUGAACCUAUCGCCUGCGUCUGGCUCAUCUCUGCAUCCGUCUCGAGGCGCCAGAUCUUUUGAGCUUCUUUGCAGGAGUAAUUGUGCUCGCUUAGCCUCCUCUUCCUCAUCCUCCCCCCGUGGUAUUUUGAUCGCGCUGGUUUAUUUGCCGUGAUAUGUCCUUGUGAUAUGUCGGGGCCACUGGAUCGGUUCGCUAGGCCCUGCUUUGAGGGGUUUUCAAGCCAUGAUGAGCGAAAGGAACGAAAAUCAGAUAUUGAAAAUUCAGAAGAUGAAAGAAGGACAAGAAUUGGAACGCUGAAGAAAAAAGCUAUAAAUGCAUCUACGAAAUUUAGGCAUUCUUUAAAGAAAAAGAACAGAAGGAAGAGUGAUGGUCGGGUCGUUUCUGUUUCAAUUGAGGACAUAAGAAAUAUUGAGGAACUAGAGGCUGUUGAUGCAUUCCGUCAGUCACUAAUUUUAGAUGAAUUGUUGCCUGCAAAGCAUGAUGAUUAUCAUAUGAUGCUGAGAUUUCUGAAAGCACGGAAAUUUGAUAUCGAGAAAGCAAAGCAUAUGUGGGCCGAAAUGCUUCAAUGGAGAAAGGAAUAUGGCACGGACACUAUUGUUGAGGACUUUGAGUAUUCUGAGUUAAAUGAAGUUCUACAAUACUAUCCUCAUGGUUAUCAUGGGGUGGACAAAGAGGGGAGACCUGUUUAUAUUGAAAGGUUGGGGAAAGUCGAUCCUAACAAAUUAAUGCAGGUCACCACUAUGGAGCGUUAUGUAAAAUAUCAUGUGAAGGAGUUUGAGAGGAGCUUUUUAAUUAAAUUCCCGGCUUGUUCAAUUGCUGCAAAAAGGCACAUUGAUUCAAGUACAACUAUUCUUGAUGUUCAAGGCGUGGGUUUGAAAAACUUCAGCAAGACUGCCAGAGAACUAAUUCAGCGAUUGCAGAAGAUUGACAGUGAUAACUACCCUGAGACCUUGCACCGAAUGUUUAUCGUCAAUGCGGGCCCAGGAUUCAGGCUUCUGUGGAACACUGUAAAGUCCUUUCUGGACCCAAAGACUACUUCUAAAAUUCAUGUUCUUGGAACAAAGUACCAGAAUAAGCUGUUAGAGAUAAUCGAGCCCAGUGAGUUGCCAGAGUUUCUUGGUGGUUCUUGUACUUGUGCAGAUCAUGGAGGAUGCCUAAAAUCUGAAAAAGGCCCAUGGAAGGACCCAAAUAUACUGAAGAUGGUCCUUAGUGGUGAAGCACAAUGUGCCAGGCAAAUUGUAGCUGUUUCAAAUGGGGAGGGAAAGAUCAUUGCAUAUGCUAAGCCACAAAACCCAACAAUAAGGGGUAGUGAUACAUCUACUGCCGAAUCUGGAUCAGAAGCUGAAGAUAUCGCUUCUCCUAAAGCAGCACGGGCUCAUGUAUCAUAUCCUCGCUUGACCCCAGUACAUGAAGAGGCAAAAAUGGUUAAGGCAGCUAGUUUCUCUUCUGGAUUUCCACAGUAUGAUGAAUACGUUCCCAUGGUAGACAAGGCUGUUGAUGGCGGCUGGAAGAAAGAAGUCUCUAACAAAAGGCUAUCUACAUCUAAAGGAGAAUGCUCUAUCUCUAAGACACACAACACUCCUCAAGGAGUUCAAGCUCGAACAAUCCAAUUCCUUGUGACCAUCAUCAUGUAUCUCUAUACACUGGUUUAUUCAGUCAUCAGAUGUGUGUCAAAGAGGCUAAAGAAUGAAGUCUCUGAAAUAGAUGAACACGAUCCUUCUUUUGCUGCGGAUCCUGUGCCCAAGGAGGAAUUCCGUCCUCCUUCACCUGCUCCUGUAUUUACAGAGGCUGACCUCUUUUCACGCCUUCUAAGAAGGUUGGAAGAGCUGGAAGAAAAGGUGGACACCCUUAAAGCAAAACCAUCUGAAAUGCCUUCAGAGAAAGAUGAGUUGCUCAACGCAGCCGUUUGUCGGGUAGAUGCAUUAGAAGCUGAGCUUAUUGUCACGAAAAAGGCUUUGCAUGAAGCUCUUAUGAGGCAAGAUGAACUUCUUGCAUAUAUUGACCGUCAAGAGGAGGCCAAGAUGCGGAAGAAGAAAUUUUGCUUUUGAAGCAAGGGUGAAAAUAGAUGCCUUUCACCACCUUGAACUUUGUCCCCUCUGCUGCUUAAUGGACCAUGGUUUUGAUGUGAAUUCAUCAAAACACACCAGCCCACUGACUAGAACAGUGAAAUAAACCAUGAAACCAGACAGUUUGAGAAGUAAAUAAUCUAGUUUUAAGUUGCUGGCUCGCUUAAUCUCUUUGGAAGCCACUUUGUGCUCCUCUUAUUCCAAUGCUUUUGCCACCUGAUCCAUCAAUAUGCAGUGGUUUAGUGGACCAAGAUUGGCGGUGGAGAUCAACAGUCGUAAAUAAAUGAUACUUGUGUUCUUCUCUUA